CCCCCCCGCUCCUUGGGAGAAGCGGAGGACCUAAGGUGAGGACUUGAGGGGAGGGCGUGGCGGGCUAAGGGUCCCCUGCAAGGUUGCAGAUCCGGCGGACACCCAGUGGCUUCGGAACAGGACUGGGGACACGGAGGAAGCCGGCUAGGAGUGGUAAGAUUGCCCCGCGGUUCUGACUCCCACCGCCGGACCGACGGCUGCGCCAUGUCCAGAGGCCCAGGCUCUACCAUCCUACCGCCAGCCUUGGGGUUCCGGAAGUCUGCUCCCCGGAGCCUCAGCUGCCUAUCGGACCUGGACAGGGGCGCAGCCCCGGAGCCAAGGCCCUGUAGGCCCCCGGAGAGCCCGGGCCGCGCGCCGCUGGCCCCCGCCCCCAUGGGCUGCGACCCCCAGCUGCGGCCCAUCAUCCUGAGGCGAGCGCGCUCACUGCCCAGCUCCCCAGAGCGCCGCCCGAAGGCCUCGGGUGCGCAGGGCGCUGCGUGUCGGCCAGGCUGCAGCCGGCAGCUCCGCGUGCGCUUCGCAGAUGCUCUGGGCCUGGAGCUGGCCCAGGUCAAGGUGUUUAAUGCGGGAGAUGACCCGUCAGUGCCGCUGCACGUGCUGUCACGGCUAGCCAUCAACUCGGACCUGUGCUGCAGCAGCCAGGACCUGGAGUUCACUCUGCGGUGCCUGGUGCCAGAUUUCCCACCGCCUGUCGAGGCCGCUGACUUCGGCGAGCGUCUGCAGCGCCAGCUCGUGUGCCUGGAGCGGGUCACCUGCUCGGAUCUGGGCAUCAGUGGUACGGUGCGCGUGCGCAACGUGGCCUUCGAGAAGCAAGUGGCCGUGCGCUACACCUUCUCCAGCUGGCGCAGUGCGCACGAAGCGGUGGCGCGGUGGCGCGGGCCGGCAGGCUCUGAAGGCACGGAGGACGUCUUUGCCUUCGGUUUCCCGGUGCCACCCUUCCUGCUAGAGCUUGGAUCGCGUGUGCACUUCGCCCUUCGCUACCGAGUGGCCGGUGCUGAGUACUGGGACAACAACGACAGCCGUGACUACAGCCUCACAUGUCGCAACCACGCUCUGCACAUGCCACGUGGGGAGUGUGAAGAGAGCUGGAUCCACUUCAUCUGAGCAGCGGUCAGGGUACCUGGAGCUCUGAGAUGCUGGUCUGCAGGUCUUUCCUGACUGGGUGGCCACUUCUUGGUGGGUUCACCUACCCUUCCGCACCCCCAAGUUCUGAAUUCAUUUCCUUUUCAAGGUCUCUUGACAGUGGCCCUUCCUGCCUUCUACAUGAAAUUUCCUUGUCUAAUGAGUAGCCUCACGUAGCCAGCAGGCCAACUCGGUUGUGGAGUGUGUUGGGGGAGGGUCCUGGGAGGGUAGGUGCAUGGGAGUGUGUGCCUCUCUGGAGAGGACCCAGGCAAGGUUUUGGGGAAAGACCCACCUGCUGCUAGGAAGGCCUUUUGCAUGUGUCUGGAAUGUGUCCCUGAACUAGCUGAUAUUUGUUAUUGUGAUGUUGGGACCUUAGGCCCAUAGCUGAUACCUUCUCAGGAAUAUUCUGAAUUUAAUAAGCUUAAAGUCCUGUUGUGUGUUUGUGCCCAUUGUAAACAAAAUGUGCAGUGUGACCUGCAUUAUGGUCCCUGGAGGCAUUCCUGCCCUGGGACAAGGAAAAUCUGAGACCUCAUUUGCUUGCCAAUGCCUGUAGCCUUCUAGCAGUGGCAACUAUUAAUAGGCAGAGACCUCUGCCUUACCAGCCAUCACUGGGCUUCGUGGCAGUGUCUCUCCCGAACCAACAGCUGAGGAGAAAGUGGAGGCUGCCACCGGCAACAGCCUUUCCUCUGCCCGCCCUCCUCUCCCAUCCUGCUCUUUUCUUGUUCUUGUUUGGUAAUUGUGUGUCUGCACAUUAUCUCUUGGGCCCUCCUGUUUGGGUUUGAAACUACCUAAACAUUUUAAGAAAUCUUGCCUUAAGUUAUUUCAAUUUUCAGGUGACUGUAGAAUUUCAAGCAACAUGCCCUUUGUAAUUACUUUUUUGACAAUGAAGGUGACUAUAAUUUCCUUUUAAGCAUCAGAAAAUUCCAGGAUUUGUCUUUUCCAAGUCCAGUUACCAAGUGGAACUAGAAGGUGUUUUCAGCAUUAGCUAGAGCCCUUGAGGAAAAAUAAUUCACAAAUUUUAUACUUCUGAGUUAUUUUAAAUUGUACUUAUGUGAGAUUUUUAUCAGCUACCUGCAACUUUAUUCUUUGUGCCUUCAGAUAGGAGAAAUUUUUAACAUUUUCUGGACUUGUUUCCCAGUUUUUAAAUGUUAAAUGCUUUAAAAAAAAAAAAAACAAACAAAAAACACCUCCAACUAAGUAGUCAAGCCCACUGCUCCAGAGUUAUCUGCUACUCCCGUGGAGAGGCUGAGGAGUUCUUUUGGUGCUGAGUGGUGGUCUUUCAGACAGCAGGUGCUAGAAUUGAUGCAUGAAACCCCAGCUGAGAUGGACAGAACCUCCAAUAUGGGACCCACGUGAUACAGCUGAAGCCAGUGUGGUUGAUUUUGUGAUGGCUGUCACCAGGAGUAAUGCUUAAAUUUUUGAAUACCUGUUGACACUUGUCUAAUCAGUAUUGAAAAGAUGCAUUUUACCUUUUAACUAGUUUGUUUUUGAUAAUUGCAACCUUUGUGUUUUUAAAGUGCCAAGAACAAUGACCUUCUUUGGUAACUUUUGAUCUAAGAACACCAAAUCUUGAUUUAAAAUCUUGUGAUUAAAUUGCACACUCUUUGCCUGUUAGGGCUGUGAACUACAUUGGCAUGCAAGACAGGGAAGCCCUGGUGCAUCUCCUGCUGCUUAACAAACCAUCCAAUUAGGUCAGCAAGUGUGGGAGGGCCUUGGCUGCUCUGCCUAUGGGCCCCAGCCCAGAAUGCAAGACAAUUGUCCCUACUAUUCAGGUACAAGUGAGAGCUGCCAAAUGGGUUGUCUAAAGGCAUGUAAAGUAUCUUUCAUCUAUGUGAAAGUCACUUGACAGAAGGAUUCUGGUCAUAAAAUAGUUAUAUCAUCAAAAUUAAGAGAACCUUAAGGUGCCUUUUAAAAAAGUAACAUUUUGAAACUUUAAAGCUUCAAUAGACAGCUCAAGAGUUUUCAGACCUUAGUCAAAGCUAUAUUGCUUAGAUGUUAAAAGCUUGUAGUGGAUCGUGCAAUUGCUGGGUUGUCUCCCCAAACGUAUUAUAAUGUAAUGCAAUGAAAAUGAUUUUACUGAAGUAUUAAAGUAUUAUGUGCAAAAAUGUC